AUGGCCGAAGCAGAAGAGGCCCUUGUGGUAAACAAAAACAAACGGCAUAGGAAGGAUAAGCCAUGGGAUACUGACGACAUCGACCACGUAAGCCUCUGGUCUGCUUGGCAACUCGACCCAUUCAAGCCCGAGGAUAACAAAGGUGGCACGUUCACUGAAGAGUCUUCAUUUGCUACACUCUUCCCCAAAUAUCGCGAAAGGUAUUUGCGGGAGGUGUGGAGUGCCGUUACAAAGGCACUCGAAACACAUGGUAUCGCUUGCACAUUGGACUUGAUCCACGGCUCCAUGUCUGUACGGACGACUCGUAGGACAUAUGACCCCUACAUUAUUCUCAAAGCUAGAGAUAUGAUCAAGUUACUUGCUCGUGGCGUCAACAUCGGUCAGGCCGUGAAGAUACUUGAUGACGCUAUUGCCUGCGACAUUAUCAAGAUCGGGAACAUUGUUCGGAAUAAGGAACGAUUUGUGAAACGGCGGCAGAGGAUAAUUGGUCCGGACGGCAGCACGCUGAAGGCUAUCGAGCUCUUGACCCAAUGCUACGUCUUGGUGCAAGGAAGCACUGUCAGCGUAAUGGGCCCAUAUAAGGGCUUGAAGGAAGUCCGGAGAAUUGUGCUUGAUUGCAUGAAAAACAUCCAUCCGAUCUACCGCAUCAAGGAACUCAUGAUUAAGCGCGAACUGGCGAAGGAUCCUGCGUUAGCGACAGAAUCAUGGGAUCGCUUCCUACCGCAGUUUCGCAAGAAACAUCUCAAGACCUCAGAAAAGACGGCAAAGAAAAAUGAGAAGUUGGCAGAGAAAAACACGGCGAGAGAGACGGCCGGUCUUCCACCAAUCAAGUUGACGAAGGAGGAGAAAAGGAAGAAGGUCUACACACCAUUCCCGCCGCCACAGCAGCCUCGCAAAGUGGAUGUGCAGCUGGAGUCCGGAGAGUACUUCCUCAAGUCGAAAGAGAAGGAGGCUCGCGAAGCCCGGCGCAGGAAAGAAAAACAAGAGGAGGUUACCGCAGAAAAACAGGCAAAACGUGCAGAAGCAUUCGUUGCGCCUGCAGAAGUUGCCGCACCGACUAUCGAGGAGAAGCGAAGGAGAAAGCGUGAGAAAGUGCGCGACGAUGAGGGCGAGGCUGAAGACGACAAGUCUAAGCGUAAGAAGAAGAAGCGUCGUACUGAUGAGGAGCCGUAG